AAAACACGCACCUUCCCACCAGGGAUCAUCUCCUGGAUAGAACGACCUCCCAUCUACAUUGAACUCGUCACUGAACACUAGCUGGUACUGCUGCCCAUCCGGGCUGGAGAACGUCCGUGCUGACGAUGGAGAAUCUUCGUCAAUCAGCUUGGGGAAAUUGGGCAUGCUCGGAAUUUUGUCGGUCCCAUUGCCCAAGCCUGAAUCCAGCCCAGGUAUCCGUGGUGGACGAGUGUAGAACAGGAUCAGAGGAUAUCCGAGGAACAACGCGACAAGACCGCCUAGAAGAAGACCCAAUGCGAUGGAAUUUGCCCAUCCCGGCCAGACGUCCAAUCGAAGGAUGGACCUUCGUCAGCGACCGUGCUUGGGUUGUGCAGCUCAUCAUCGAGGUCCAUGUUCUUCUCCCACUGGUGUGCCAUCCAUUUUCACGUGCUUCAGAGCAGGAUCGAACUGCAAACGGGCGCUGAGAUGCGGUGGAUUGGGGGAGAUGGACAGCGUUGCGCACAGAAUGUCUCCACCUGCGCGCGGCAUGCGGUCUGCUUGCAGCUCCUCUGUAGGUGCGCCUGAGAAAACAGAGGCGAUCGUUGGAACGACGCGGUCGCCUGCGGUCGUGGCCCGAGAGAAAGCCGAAGGAGGCGAUUGCUGGGGAAUGACGUCUUGCGCGUCGGCAUCGUUCCUCCGUUUCAGCAGUCUGCGGGGCGCCCUGGGACGGGGAUGGGACAUCAACGGUGCUCUCAAGGUUGAUGACGUAAACUUCUUGCAUCGUGGCUUCGCGUAGGUUGAGAUGGGUAUAUAUAUAGACCGCGCCACUCGGGGGAUAAGUAGUAGUGUUCAUUCAAAAGAUACUGUACCAGAUACC